AUGAGCGACAUCCAAAUUGCCACAGGGCUCGCGGUGUUGAUCAGCGGCUACCACGAACUACCUCGCAUUUCAGCUUAUCAUUGGAUGAUAGUUGUCUACACUGCCUGGUUCUCAUCCGUGGCGCACCUUGCAGCACUAUCCCACCUCCGAACCUACUACGCAAACCACCCGGAACGCUUCAUGUGGAGACUGGUAUUGAUCUUCUGCGUCGUCACAAUGCUGAGCGUCGCCAUGUUUAUCAACACCCCAAUCAAGGUGAAGAUGGACGCUUCCGACGGAACCAAACUCACCGACUAUAGGGCAAUUUGCUUGUUCAACGAGUCGAGACUUUCAAACGGGAGCGUGCCUGAAAUAGCAAUGCUCGCAGACACGACCUUUUCAGUGUCCAUGCUGGUAUUUGGCCUGAUCAUCAGAACGGUGAAGAUGAGCCGUGGGGUUUUUCGUUGGACCUAUUUUUACAGGUCGUGUGUACGAUCCAAGUUAGCCAUCAUUGUCAAGGGUGAGGGCGUUGGCCUGCGUCGAAGACUGGGUCAUCAUUUGUAUACGCUAUUUAUCGCUCGUCCAAUGGCUGUCUCGUGGAUAUUGGGGCGCUUGUAUUUGGAGCUGUGCAGCUCAUUUCUUGCUGAGGUCGCUUGGGUCGUGAUCACGGCAUCGUGGGGGCUCAAACAACUGCUAUUGAUACGAGCAGAAGGCCCCGAGGAUGAGAACAGUUGGAGCUUUGGGCAAGUUGCCGCCGUGGUGCUAUUUAUAAGCCCAUUAUGCCUAGUCUUCGAGCAGUUCUUCAAUCCAGAACCAGCAGACGCUGCAAAUCCUAGGCGCAGUGGCGCUACGACAACUCGCUCCGAUGGAAUUCUCGAAAUACAGCCCUCAGAACCAGACUUAGAAGACUCGCACGUGCGACGAAAGCCCAUCGAAUGGAUCAGAUUGGUACACAUCUCCGCAUGCUGGGAUGCCCCAUCCUCUCGAGCAACGGUGCAUCUGUUCGUCGGCUUCAAUUUCCUGCUGAUGGUCUACGCGUUCAACGACUACGUGGUGUUCCGGGCAUUCGUAAAGAUGAUGACAUGGUUCUUUGUGUAUCAACCAAUCCAGGCGGCCCUCGUUCUUCUGCUGGGCAUGGAGCUGGAGCAGACGGAGCUCUGGGCGCAAAGCCACACACUUAGACGCGCAACUGUCGUCGCUCUUAUAAUUGCGUGUUUAUUUGGCACCAUCGGAAUUUUCUUGCCGUUUUGGGAGGCGCCCUUCACGCACCUUUACGUCUGCCCUUGGGAAAUAGUACCGGUGUGCCUUGACUAUUUGAUGGUUGGGGUUGUGGUACUGCAGUUUGGCGUCUAUCUGCUUAUUUACAUGGCGAGAAACUCUUCGAGAGCAUUGCGCUCGGGAGGGUAA